UGUGGUGAAAAUCAGUCAGAACGGGAACGUCGUCGCGAGCUGUGCAUGGUAGCGCCUUCAGCCCAUAGAGAUUCCUGUAACGCGAGGAACGAGUCCAGCCAGAACAGUCGCAGUCCAGCAAUAGUCAGACGCAGAUAGUUUUCCACAAGUCCGCGAAAAGAAAAAUCUACGCAGCCACAAUCGUCGUGCACCGUGCACCGUGCACCGUGUACCGUGUACCGUGCACCGUUUAUUGUAUUUCUGUGUGGUUCUGUGCCCGCGCCAAGUGCAAAAGCAAACAACAAAAUCCAACCAAAAAUUAAUAAUAAAAUAUUACAACAAAUCAAAAUCCAAAUAAAUCCAACAACAACAACACACAAAAAAUAAAUGUGUGUGUGACGCGCAGCGUCCCCCCGUACCGUGUGCGUCCCCCGAGACAGACAGAGAGCGAGCGAGCGAGAGAGAAAGUACGGCGGAGAGAUAAAUUGCCAAAAAGCUGUGUGUAAUAAAUGACAGUGCCACGAAAUGAGCUUUUAGUUUAAUUAAUCAAAUGAAUAAUAAUCGCCAAAUGAAUAGAGAAGUGCAUAAAUAACAGCGAGAGCGCAUCCAUGGAGCGAGAGUGUCGACGUCCUCCAUUGCAUGGCCACAGCGGGAGUAGUUGCCCCGUAACGUGUAGCGAGUAGCGAGUAACGAAUAGCACGAAGUGUAGCGAAUCGGAACAACGAGUAGCAGCAACGAACCAGCAGCCCCAUUCGAAGCCCCAUUCGAGCCGCAUUAUCCGCCCGUUUGUCCAUAUACCGAUAGCCGUUGCCGUUGGCGUUGGCGUUGCUGUUGCUGCUCCUCCUGUGAUUCAUUCUGGCCGCCCAACAAAACAACAACGAGCGGGAACACAGCGGCGACAACAACAACGGAGCGGUCGGUGCGGCCCUCAGCGGGGGGUCUGGCGGAGGAGGCGGAAUCGGAAGCGGGGGAGGAGGAGGAGGACAAGGACCAGGACCAGGACCAGGACACGGAGGACCAGGAAUCGUCAGAGUCGGAGUCGGUGUCAGCGGUGGAGUCGGAACAGGAAACGGAAACGGAGGAGGCGGAGGAGGAGGAAGUGCAGGAAGUGGCAGUGCUGGCGGCGCGGACAGCGACGGCGAUCCCAAGAAGACCUUCUCGCUGCACUGCUGUUGCGUGAUCGUCGACAUCACACCCGUCACACACCCAGGACGCCUGACAUCCGCAACAACGGCCUCGGGAAGGGAUGCGGGUGGAGCCGCCGCGGGACAGCAGCAAAGCACCGUCGGCGGCGGCGGCGGCUUGGGGCUGGGUCUCGGCGAGAAUGUCUCGCAGCUGGCCAGCCAGCUGUUCCGUUUCGGCAGCAAAAAGCGCGGCGUCUGCAUCUGCAAUGCCCAGUGCCGGCUGCAAUCGCUCGGCGAGGGCUCCUUGGGGCCGACCAUCAAGACCCAUCACGGUUCCCUGGAUCGACUGCUGCAGCAAUCGGAAAAGACGACAGCAGCCGGGGGAGCAGCAGCUCCCGUCACCGCUGAGCGUUCGAUAAGUUGGGUCGUGGAUGGCGGUGCGGCUGGGGCCGGGGCUCUGCUCAACGCCUCCUCGGACGAGAGCGACGAGAAGAAGAAGAUGGAGGAGUCGGUGGCCCCACCGCCGCCAAGGCCUCCGUCACGCUCGCAGAAGCCCACGGCCAAGGAGGAGUUCGAUCGGGGCGUGGAGGUGGAGAAAUUCUAUCACCAGAUCAAUGGGGACAUCUUCGAGAUCACGCGGCGAGUGCGUGCCCGCGACGAGGAGACCAUGGAGCAGAAGUGCAUCCGUCGCAAGGGUUCGGUGCGCCUCAUCGAACCCCCCUCCGGGCACAGUCACAGUCACGGUCAGCAGCAGAAGCCGCAGCUGCCGCCGCGGCGCCAGAAGAGCGCCGAAGAAGUGGCCACCAUGCCGAAGAGCGCCCUGCGGCAGGCGCCCGAGCAGCUCGAGUGGUUCGACCGCAAGGCCCAGCAGCGUCACUCUGCCCGCUCUGCGGAAGGGGGACAGGUGCGGGAGGAGACCAUGGAGUGGCUGAAGCUGCAGAAGACGUCAUCGCCAGCGGCGGCGGCACCAGCGCGCACUUCCUCCGGGCCCAGCGAGAUCACCGUGCUGAAGGACGAGCUGCCCGACUGGCUGCUGGAUCACCUGCCCAGGAAGCGGGAGCGUCUGCCGUCGGACGCGGCCAAGGGCCAGAGCUCCUCCUCCGCCUACGCCAAGGCCCUGUCCGAGCUGCUGAAGAAGCCGCUGUCCCGCCAGAGCUCCGGACCGUGCGAGUUCUCGCUGCUGAAGACGGACAUUGUGGAGUGGCUGACGAAGAUGCAGGCCAGCGGUGCAGCCAAGCCGCGGCGCUCCCAUCAUCGUCGCAACGGCAGUGGGGGCGACGCGCCCAGGUCCAAUUCCCAGGAGGAGGCCAUGCCAACCGCCAGCUCCCAGCGCAAGCGGCACUCCCUGGGCCACAGUGGAGCGGCCAGCGAGGAGGAGGCGCAGCAGCAGCUCUCGCAGGCGCCCGACUGGAUAGCCUAUCCCCUGCACAAGCUGCAGUCCCUCGGCAAGCAGCCGCCGCCGCCGCUUCCGGCCCCCAACGUGCCCAGCGGCUAUGCCGUGCCCAGUAGCCUGGCCCUCGCCCACACGCCCCUCUGCCAGCGGAGAGAGGAUCGGUCCAGGGAGCGCCGGCUGCGACACUCCGCCAGCGAAGUGGUGGCUGGAGGAGGAGGCAAUGCUGGUCCAUCCGCCGCCCAUCUGGAACGGCUGUACGCGAAGCCACACAAGGAUCGGUAUCAGUAUGUGCCCAAGGCCAAGGAUCCCGUCGUCUCUGGCACCGGCACCGGCACCGGCUCCGUCUCCGCCACGAAGAGGGAGCGAUCGCGUCGCCAUCAGACCCAGAGAUCGGCCACCGUCUCGGACAUGUCCGCCCAGCGAUCUGGCGGCCACAAGCGCAAGUCCUCCAGCGCCGAGCGGGCGCCACGGUCCCCCUCGCCGGGCCCCUGCACAGAUCCCGACUGUCCGCUGCUGCCCAUCUGCACGGAUCCACACUGCCGCUACCUGGAGUGCCAAUCCCAAUCGCAAUCCCAGGCGCAGGGGCCGCCCAGCCGCUGCCUCACCUCGUCCGUCAGUUCGGUGAACCUUGCCCGCCACCAGCAGCUGGCCCAAGUGCAGCUGCAUACGGUGCCCGCCCAUCUGAUAGGAGCCGCAGGCAUGGGCUCCGAUGUACCCACAACGCCAUCGACGACGGCCACACCGCCGCCGCCGCCACCGCCACAGGCAGCGGCAGCGGCAGGGACGGAGCGACGGCUGGUCAUCUGCCACGAGUGCCGCUCCUGCUGCGCCCCGCUCCUCAGCUGCCAGAAUCGCAAAUGCCUCAAUGCCGCCAAGUGCAACUCACUGCCUCGCUGUGCCGCCGACUUCAACCGCCUGCGGACACAGCUCGCCCAGCCCCCGACCACCCUGGACGACAUCGAACCGGCGCCGCCGCCGAUCAUGAUGAUGGACCACAUCGAGGAUCUGGAGAUGCGGCCACUGCCAUCGCCGCCCUCGCAUCAUCACUACCGCAGCAACUCGCAGCCGAACACGCUGCAGCGCGGCGACUCUGCCAGUUCCGGAGGAGGCGGCGGCGCGGGCAGGGGCGGGGGCGGGGGCGGAAUCCAUGGGGCAUCAUCAUCGAUGGGCAUGAGUCUGGGAUGGCUGGAGCCGACGACGAGUCUGGUGCAGCCGCUGGCCACGUCCUAUGUGCACCAUGGCCACCAUGGCCAUCAUGGGGCGACGGUCAAUGGGAAGCUGAUGAAGUCCGCCUCGGCGGCGUCGCUCAACUCGCGUCGGAGGCGCCACAAGACGGUGCACUUUGGGGAGAAUCUGCUGCGGGAGGUGUGCCAGAAUCGGAAGCUCAUCAAAACGGAGCAAGUGCCAUCCGGUUCGGCACCGAUGAAGGCCAACAUCCAGAUGCUGUAUAACUUUGUGGAGGGUGUGCUCAGUGCCUGGGUGGACGAUGACGAGGAUCAGGUGCGCUCUGGCGCCGAAUCGGAGCCGGAGCAUGGCGGUGUGGUGGCCCUGCAGCCGAUCCAUCGAUGCAAUCGCCUGCGCUACCAGUGCAUCCGUCGGGUGGUCGAGGAGGCGGCCGAUCUGCAGGGCACCCUGAAGCUGGGCAACUCGCGGUACAGGCAUCGCCAUUGGCGCAGCACGGCCAAGCAGUGCAACGAAAUGUUCCUUCGCAAGAUUUCGGACGAUGAUCGAAUGAGCCUAACUACUGCCGUUUCGGAUGAAGAUGAUGGGGAAAGUGUCAUGGCGUCACCAUAUAAAGCAAAGGCCACUGGCACCGCUGCAUCCUCCUUCAACUGUACGGGAGCUGUACGAAAAGCUGGCUUCCUAUCGGUGAAGAAAUGGUUACUACGCAAGAAGCAUCAGAUCGAAUUGGCACGCAAGCGGGGCUGGAAGGGGUAUUGGGUGUGCCUGAAGGGCACCACCCUGCUCUUCUAUCCAUGCGACUCCCGUGAGGGGCGGAGCGUGGAGGCGGCGCCCAAGCAUUUAAUUAUUGUGGAUGGUGCAAUUAUGCAACCGAUACCCGAGCAUCCCAAGCGUGACUACAUCUUCUGUCUGAGCACGGCAUUCGGAGAUGCCUAUCUCUUCCAGGCGCCCUGUCAGGUGGAGCUCGAGAACUGGGUGAACAGCAUACAUAGCGCCUGUGCCGCUGCCUUUGCACGUCAUCGCGGCAAAACGGGAACACUGCAUCUCCUCCAGGAGGAGAUCUUUCGACUGGAGAAGGCCAUUGAAUCGGAUCACAAGCUGAAGCACAUGGCCGAGUUGCAGCAAUCAGUUGUCACCGAUCAGGAGACACGUCAUCAGAUCCAGGGCCAGAUACUGCAGUGGGAGGAGAACCUCGAGCGACUGCACUGCGAACAGUUCCGAUUGCGCUGCUAUAUGGCCUCGCUGCAGAGCGGAGAGCUGCCCAAUCCAAAGUCGCUGCUCACUCACGUGUCCAGGCCAACAAAGAACACACUGAACAAGCUGGGCGUGUUUACGGUCUCCUCGUUCCACGCCUUCAUCUGUGCCCGUUCCCCGUCGCUGCUCAAUAAUCUGCUGGCGGGACGCGGUGCGACCAAGCGGCGGCCACCAAUGCUGUCGCGAUCGAAUAGCGGCUCCAGUCGUCGCUCCAUGCAGAUGAAUUCACGUGACGAACCGGAAAAAACUUUCAAAGUUGCAAUGCCCGACAAUGCUUACUCGACAGUUUAUCUACGUGAUGCGAUGUCUGUCGAGGAGUUCCUCGCCAGCGCCUGCGCCCGUCGCAACCUCAAUCCCAUGGAGCACUUUGUGCGCGUCAAGAAGCGACGUGACAUGGAGGAUCACAAUUACUUUGUGCCGCAUCGCAACGAUCUGAUUGAAAAUUAUCUACAUAAUCAUGAAUUCGUGGAGGUCUGCAUGAAAAUAUUGUACCAGGUGGAGCUGCAGCGUACUACCCUCGAGCAGAUGUGGGGCUUCUCCGUGGAGGCGGAAUUGAUUGAGAAUGCGGAGCGGCAGGACGAGCUCUGCUGCUAUGUGAGUCGCGUGGAGGACAAGAGUGUGGCAAUGCAUAAUGGCAUUAUCAAAGGAGACGAAAUAAUGGUCAUCAAUGGGGCAAUUGUAUCCGAUCUAGAUAUGAUGUACUUGGAGAGCGUCCUGCAGGAGGAACAAUCGCUCAGCAUGAUGAUGCGGUCUUCCCGCACAGAACCGCCAGAUCUAGUGGGGAUCAUGCGUGUGACGGAUGAUAUGAUUGAUUCGCUGGUGUGUCCACCGCCGCCGACAGAUCCGCCCGUGAUGAGCGAGGAGAUGAUAACUGGACUGAUUGUUCCGGCGCCCGGUUGGAAUGGCAAUGGCAAGGAUCUGUAUUCGCCGGAGGCGGAGAGCUCGCCGGCGCCCUCCUUCGUGGACCCCCAAAUGAUGGCCGCCCAAAUGGCGGCGGGUGGCGGUGUCGUCGUUGGCGGACUGGGCGUGGCCAAGCCCACGUCGCGUACGAGCAGCUUUGAGAUUGAGAAUCUGCUGAAGACCGCGGAGCAAGUUACCGGAUUUUGUCGUUCACCCCAGGAAACUCGCAAAUCGAGCCCCACAGGCUCUGUCACCUCAUCGGUGUCGACAACGGCAUUGACCCCAUCACGGCAGCUAACCGAUGCGGAGAAGCUACGCAAAGUCGUCAUGGAGCUGGUGGACACGGAGCGCACCUAUGUGAAGCACUUGAACAAUCUGCUGGAGCACUAUCUGGAGCCCAUGAAGCGGGAGACAUUCCUCUCGAAUGCCGAGAUCAAUGCGCUGUUCGGCAACAUACACGAGAUCGUCACAUUCCAGCGACAGUUUCUACAGAAUCUCGAGGAGUCCCUGGACCUAGAGCCGGAAUUCAAUAAGUUUGAGCACUGCGGACAGUUCAGGAAUGUGCUCUUUGCGAUUGGUUCGGCCUUCCUGUACUAUGUGAAUCACUUUAAGCUCUAUUCCUCGUUCUGUGCGAGUCACAGCAAGGCGCAGAAGGUCCUGCAUCCGAAUGAAGGCAAUCAUGCCCUGCAGGAGUUCCUGGCGGCACGCAAUCCCAAGCAGCAGCACAGCAGCACCCUGGAGUCGUAUCUGAUCAAGCCCAUUCAGCGCAUCCUCAAGUAUCCGCUGCUGCUGCAGCAGAUGCGCAAUCUAACCGAUACCCGGGCCGACGAGCAUGUACAUCUGUGUGAGGCUCUUAAGGGUAUGGAGAAGGUGGCCGAGCACAUCAAUGAGAUGCAGCGCAUCCACGAGGAAUACGGCGCCAUAUUUGAUCACUUGUUCAGGCAGCAUCAAAAGUCCUGCAAGCAGCCCAUUGACUUGAGUCCAGGCGACCUGCUGUACUACGGCGGUGUCGAGUGGCUCAAUAUAUCAGAUUUUCUGGGCAAGAUUAAGAAGGGACUUGAGUUGCAUGCCAUGUGCUUUGUGUUCAAGUCGGCGGUUGUGUUCCUCUGUAAGGAGCGCUUGCGACAAAAGAAGAAAUUGAUGGGCGUCUCGAGCAAGAAUGCCACCAAUGAGGUAGAGAUAAUACGCUACCAAGUGCUCAUACCCGUCACCGAGGUACAGGUGCGCGCCAGCUCGGCCAAGGACAUGGACUCGCACUUCCUGUGGGAGCUCAUCCAUCUGCGCUCGCAGCUGCAGCGACGCUCCGAGAAGGUCUACGUGCUGUCCAACAGCACUGCGGACUUCCGGAACGCCUUCCUCAAGACCAUACGCCAGAUCAUACGCGAGAGCGUGCGGAACAUGUCAAUUCCCAUGAAGAACUUUGGCGGCAGCUCCGGCUCCGUGUCGGGCCACUCCUCGCAGGGUAUGAGCGGACACGGACACGGCUAUGCGGGCAACUCCCAGACCCUGGAACGGCCCAAGCAGCAGAUAACCAUCGUUCAUGGCUCUCACACGCUGGGCAAACCGAAGAAAAAGUCAGGCUCGCAGCGGCACUCGGCGGGCAACAUCGACUAUGACAACCUGUCGGGCAGCCAGGAGGCAGACGAUCUGCCUCCGAGCGUACACUUUGGCCCUGGCCACAGCCACGGCCACGGCCAGCCGAUGCAGCCGAGUGGCUUCCGCAGCCGCAGCAAGACGGUGGGCGAUGUGACAGAAAUCGCUUACUCCUCCAUAGAACCCCAGCAACAGCAACAGCAGCAGCAGCAACAGCAGCAGCAGACUCAUACGCAUCCACAUCCCCAUCCACAUCCGAGGGAGCCACCACCGCCGCCGAUCAGGCAGCCGCACUUGCAUCACCACAGCAGCGACAUUGAGCGGAUCGAUCCGGGGACAAAGUCAGAGGGGGAAGAGGACUCACAGCAGGGCACAAUCAGGCCCAAGGCCACACUGGGCCGCACGCCCAAUCACCUGACGCUGAGCACCACAUCGACACUCUCGGUGGGCAGCACUGGGAGCCAGGCACGCCUGAUACAAUCCUCACAUCCGCCGGCCAGCUACCAGCCGGUGCUGAUGAAGGACCUAGGUAAGCCCAGCGACGAGUCGGAGACGGACUCGAGAUCGGAGUCCGAGGUGCAUGCCGCCCAGGUGGCGGCCUCCUUUAAUAUAAGUCUAGGCAGUAGUGGUAGCUUGUUCGCCAGUUCCGACCCCAAUCAGCCACAGACCCAGGCACAGUCACAGAAUCAGAUACAGAACCAGAUCCAGACCCAGACCCUGCACUUGUCCCCGCGUCAGUCGCCCCGUCAAUCGCCCCGACAGUCGCCCAAGCAGGAGAUCGAGGUGAUCGAGAUCUUUGAGAGCGAGGCGGAGCGUCUGGCCGCCUCGCAGCAGGUGGCGGUGGUCCACCAGCACCAUGCAGUGGGCCAGGCCAGGGAGUCCUUGCAUAAGCAACGACGCGACCGUGACCGAGACCGUGACCGUGACCGAGAACCGACCGAGACGGACGCCACAGCUCGCUUCAUGGACAAGCACCUGAGUGACCUGGAGCAGGAGAAUCUGGCGGAUGGCACCUGUGACAUUGUGGCCUACAUGGCAGGUCUGCGCGAGAAGGCCUUCGAUCCGCAGGAUCUGGGCGAAGAGGCGGCCGAUCAGCAGCAGAACGACUCCAGUCUGUCGCCAGAGCCGCAGACCAUCGUGGAGAACACCCAGCAGACGGUGAUCGUGGACAUUGAGUCGCCCUCGCGGCCCGCCACCGAGUCGGACAGCACGGGCACCACCACAGGACCCUCGGAGCGGUCCGGCGACGAGACCGAGGAGGAGGCCACCACCAGCUCCGGCCAGGCCUCCCACAUCGUCGUGAUUGACAAGAAAGUGGACAAGAUAUUCAAGGCCAAGUCCCCGGAGCGACCCGUCUCCAUGAAGCCGAAGAGCGGCAAGCGGCAGAGCAUCUACAUAUCGCCGGACCGAUGCAAGUCCCAGGGCAGCUCCCCGGUGCGCAUCAUCAAGAUCAAGUCCCCGCGCACGAGCCUCAGUGAUCAGGGCAAGCGGCUGAGCGUCUGCUCGUCGCGGGACAACUCUCAGGAUCGCAUUUCCGGCGGCCGACGCACACCCAGUCCCCGCCGAUCCUCGGAGGGUGGUGGCAUUCUGAAGCACACCAGUCCGGCUCCGGGCAUACUGAAGCCUCCCUCCAGUCCGGCCAAGUCGAAGAGUCCCGAUCGCAGCUGCCUGAAGAAGGGCGGACCAUCGCACGUGUGCAGCGUGGAGACGCUCUCGCCGCACAUCUCGCCCCGCAGCAGCCUCGAUCAUCUCUCCCCGGACAGGGGCAGCACCUGUCUCCGGCACUCGCCCCGCAGCAGCUUCGACAGCCACGGCGGAUCCGACCACAAUCUGGAUGUGCCCUACGGCGGGCGCAAGCGCAGCAUGUCCGCCCAUGGCAGCUUCGAGACGGGCACCAAGCCGCGGCCCCAGGAGACAUAUCAGUACUAUCCGGUCUACGACAACCAGACCUGCAGCGAUCACUAUGUGGCCGCAGCGCCCAGUGGUCGGUAUGCCAGUGGAGGCAGUGCAGGCAGUGGCGGUGGCGGUGGCGGACGCAGUCGCCUGAGCAAAUCCCUGGAGCGCUCCACAUCCCGUGACAGUACCACGACAAGCAGCUCCUAUGGCCAGCGGGCGUAUGGAGUCUCUCCGGAUCGCAAUUACGUGGUCUACAGCUCGGGACCGCUGCGAUCCCAGUCGGCGGAGAACACCUUCUCACAGCCCAUCUACGAUCCGGUGCCCAGGCAGCCGCUGCCGCUGCACCAGCCGCCGCACCUGCACCAGCCGCAACAGUACGUCAGCUACGUGCCCGAGAUGGGUGGCUAUGGACCACCACCCUCUGGCUAUCCAGGAGGUGGCUGCUCCCACGAUCAGCAGCAACAGGCGGGCUACCAGCUGAGCUCCUCGGCGCCCGAAUACACCACAUGCAUUGACUGUCUGUACCAGAAGCGACCCUCCUAGCAUAAGUCCCGCGUGCGGCAAAGUCGCACGCGGAAGAAGACGCCCCGGGGCAUGGUGGUGGUCAGUGCGCAGCCGACGGCCACGGGAGGGAUAGGGUUCGUGCCAGAGAUGGGUGGUGGUGGUGGUGGUGGCGACACCGGAGGAUGUGUCGAUUGUCACGACUACUUCGAGAUACACGUCUAGGCACAGAACUGGCACUCACAGAGCUGUCACAGAGAGAGGACUGAGGAGGGAACGUAUCUACAUAGACUAGAGUUUUUUGAAUCCACUCAGAAUGCAACCAAAGAUAACAGCAACAACAACCCGAAUGCCUCAACAAACUAAUUUUAACCGAACUCAGCUCAGAUAUACGUAAACGCAAUGCAAACAAAUGCAACCUAACAUACACAUAACCGAAAUACAUAACCGAAAUACUCGUACUCGAACUUCAACACAAGGGAUUGAAAUCAAAGACCUAGCAUACAGUAAACAGUAUACAGUAUAUACACACAAUCUACAAAUAUGUAACCCGGAAGAGAACAUAACCCCAAAAACAAUCGUAAAGAAAACUCAGUUUCACUCGUUACUCGCUACUCGUACUCGUUGUGUAAGUGUUUAGCAUGUAAGUCACCCUGAAUCCGAGCGUAGUUUUUUGGCUCUUUAGAGUACCGUAGUCCAUACCGAACAAAAAAAAAAACGAAAACUAAUCAAAAACCCCAAGGAGAAUGGAGGCUGGAGGCUGGAGGAUGAUGCAGGUGAGGUGGUAGCAUAAUGUGUGCGCCACCACCAUUUCUAGUUAAUUAUUUAAGCUGCAGUAGCCGAGCAUUUCACCAUGAUUUACACAGAAAAUGUCGGAAGUUCCGCCAUGUGGCACGGCACACGAAGGGGUGCCAUGAAUAAAUAUUACGUAUACGCCGCGUUGCACACACAAUACUCAAGUGCCGUAAUUACGAAGGAAAACAACAACAGAACAAAGCAAAACAAACCAACAAAUAACAAAAACUCAAAGUGCUGCGAACAGAGAACAGAGAAAAGAGAAAAGAAACUAAAACUAAAGUUGAAAUUCAUACUCGCACUCAAGUAAACUACCAAGAGACAUGCAGCCCCAACUUACUGGCAAACUAAAAACUCAACUCAACUUGAAACAUAGACGGGGGGAGAAAUUACAAGAAGCACAAGAAAAUGAAAACUAUAUGCACUCGCACACACAUACCACACAAUGGGGUAAAACAAAAAAUAGAAGAAAGUUGAAGGGAAGUCGCCAACCAACCAGCUAUCAGUAGAGCUGAGAGAGAGAGAGAGCUGAGAGAAGGGAAAACUAUGUCACUGGCAACAUUUCCGCAGAUGAUGCCUGGAGCAGUCGGGCGUGGAAUCUGCGAAUGAAAUCAACAAAUUUUAAUUACCCAUCAAACAAAAUGAAAGGAAACUGCAACUGCAAAUGCAACUGAGCUGGCCCAAUUCGGGGUUUUGGCCAACAUUCUAUAGGGUUAACAGAAUAAAUACCUAACAAAACGUAUACCUAAAGCGGGGAUUAUUUACACGGAAAACAAAAACAAAAAACAAAAAAGAUAAAAUUAGUUAGAACAAAUUUUCGAGUGUGUGUGAGAAUAAUGUUGUGACAAAUAAUUUGCAUAUACAUAUAUGCAUAUGGUUUUUGUAUGAUUUUUAUAGGUUUUUUAUAGAGUAUAUAAAACAAAUAUACAUGCAUAUACAAAUCGAAGCCAAAUCACAAUUUCCUACUCGUACAACUCGUACUCGUAUGCUUACCGGCAUUUCCAUUUUAACAUUUCACUAAAUCAGAAAAUACAAUAAACAGAAUACCAGGCAAUCGAUGUGUAUUCAAAGAAUGAUAAUCGUAAGUCGUACCUCAAUGUUCAGUAUUUUAUGUAUACAAAAGGUAGCUGCAGAAAAUACUCAUACAUACUAUAUACAUAUAUUGUAUAUCCGAAACUCUCCCUUCCGCCCAGCUCCUGGGGCCAGGUCAAAGGAAUAUCCUUCAUAUAUAGCGGCCUGCGCCAAACCAAAACCCCCAAGCCAAACAAACACUCGACUAGCAAAAUGAUUAAGAUCAAAUUUCAGGUUGUUGUAACACAAGAAUUCAAAGGGAAAAAAAAACAUAACUAAACUAAUGAAAAUCAUAGUCAAAAUACAUAGUUUUAAGCUUCAUGAAACGUUUACAGUUUACAGUUUACACUGGGCUUCACAGCAGCAAAAUCAAAAGGGAAAAACCAUUUUCAAAAAUCAAAAAUAUACAUAAAUAAUAUGACAUAUAUACAGCAGCAUAUG